AUGACGACCACACAUCCCGCUUACGUCCGCACGCUCGACAACCUCAUCAACAACGAGCGCGUCCCGCCGACCGUGACCGACUUUGCCGAAGCCGACUUGUUUCCGUCGACCCAAGACGCUGCGACCGGCGCUCCCUUGACGCCGCUUCUCGCCACCGCAGCCACGGACGUCGAAGCCGCGCUUGCCGUCGCGGACGCUUUGCACAGCUCCGGCGUCUGGACCCGCCUCCUGCGUAGCCCCGAGCGCGACGUCGUGUUCGAGCGCUUUGCCAGCGAGCUCGAGGCGCGGCACGAAGACAUUCGGAUCGCCGAAAUGAUCGACGUCGGCGACCGCAACGCCAUCUCCAACUACGGCCCCAGCGUCCUCCGCAACCCGUCGCAGCUGCGCAACGCGAGUCUCAAGGACGAAGCCGAGAACGUCGACGUGUGGGCACCGCUCGCGUCUGGCAAAGGCGCGCUCAAAGCCAUCCCGCUGGGUCCGAUCGUCGUGCUUGCGCCCACGAACGCGCCGCUCGGGUCGUCGUUGAUCCAAAUCCUCUCGGCCAUCUACUUUGGCUGCCCGGUGCUCGUCAAGCCGUCGCCGUACAGCCCGCACGCGUUCAACGUCUUCAUCGACGCUGUCGUCGCGGCCGACUUGCCCCGUGGGUUGAUCCAGAUCGUCCACGGCGGCGCGGCCGUCGCGACGCAGCUCGUUGCAUCGCCGCUCGUUAAAGGCGUGUGCUUUACGGGCUCGACCCGCGUCGGGCUUGAGAUCGCAGCGCUGUGUGCACCGACGCUCAAGCCAUAUGCGCUCGAGCUCGGGGGCGUCAAUCCGUUUGUAGUGCUGCCCGGGGCUGACGUGGAUGCUGCGGUGGCCGGUCUGCUCAAGACCUUUUCGUGCAUCAACGGCCAGUACUGCUGCGGCGCCUCCAAUGUCCUUGUCCACGCGAGUCUCCGCGACGCGUUUGUGGACGCGUUCGUGCAGCAAGCAUCGACGCUCUCGAUCGGCGACCCGCGGGACGAAGCGAACGCAAUGGGUGCGCUCAACAUGUGCAUCGCAACGACCCUCCACGCGACCGUGGCCAAGCUUCUGGAGCUCCCAGAGACAUCGAUGAUUUCAGCAAAAGAUGUCAAGGUGCCAGAAACGGGCUACUACAUGGCGCCGACGCUCCUCGAAGGCGUCGACUCGCAUGUCCAGGCCGAGCUCUUUGGCCCCGUCGCGCUGCUGCGCACGUUCCAGACAAUCGCCGACGUGAUCGCCGAAGCGAAUGCGGCGCCCGCGCGCCUCAAAGCGUACGUCUACGGCAAGGAGGGCGACGACGACAUGGAGCGCGUCAUUGAUGCGAUCGAGUGCGGCUGGAUCGACGUCAACGAGUCUGAAUUCGGGAACGCUGCGACCUUUGACUUUUCACCGCUCUCGGGGUUUGGCCACGCCGACGGCGCCUUCUUCACGCGGCGCGUCUUGCGCAGCGCGCACCAUCGCAUCUAG